UUGGGCGUUGCAGGAGUUGGUGCCUCACUCUGAAGGUUCCCCGGCGUCAGGACGGCUGACCCGGGUCGGAGGGUCGGGGCCUCUGUUCAGGUCCAGCCAGGUUGGUCCGGGGCGCCCAAGCUCCGGGCUCGCUGGCUGCGGGGCCGGGCGUGUGAGGACUGCCGGACGGUCCUACUCAUCAGUAGGCUGUUAGCCAUUUCUGAUCCUCAGCCUCCAGGGCGGGACUGCCUCCUGCUUGAGGGAGAGGCCGGAGGUCAGGCGGUGGCGACAGCUGCCACGGGCUUUGCCGGCGGGACGGGGACAGAUCCAAGCAAGUUCCCGCACCCGCCAGAGCCCUUGUUCAUUUUAGGUUUCCAGGGUGGUGGGACCUUGGUUAGGACCUAAGUUCUGGGACUCCUCGAACUGACAGCACUCGGGAAGUCUCAGCCAGCACUCUGCAAUUUCUAUGUUCACCCGUUGCCUUAAACAAAUCACAUCAAGGUCUGAAUGGGGAAUGAACUCUUCUGAAGUCUCAGAGCAGAACGCCUUUUCUUCACCAUGGAGGACAAGAGACAGCGAGCCCGAGUGCAGGGAGGCUGGGCUACACCUACCAAGAGCCAGUCUGCUGCUCAGCCAGCUACUCCUGCUAGGAGCCGUCUUUCCCAGACAGCAGGGCCAGCCUGGAGGAGCAAGGAACAGCAGCUAUGUGACCGACAAUUUGUGUUCAAAGAGCCUCAGUUGGUUGUCCGUGCAGCCCCAGAACCCAGAGUGAUUGACAGGGAGGGUGUGUAUGAAAUCAGCUUGUCACCUACAGGUGUGUCUAGGGUGUGCUUAUAUCCUGGCUUUGUGGACUUGAAGGAAGCUGGCUGGAUCUUGGAGCGGCUUUGUAAGGAUGUCCCCUGGAAACAGAGGAUGGGCAUCAGAGAGGAUGUAACUUAUCCGCAGCCAAGACUUACAGCAUGGUAUGGAGAGCUUCCUUACACUUACUCGGGAAUCACUAUGGAACCAAAUCCUCACUGGCUUCCUGUGCUGUGGACUCUGAAGAGCCGCAUUGAGGAGAACACUGGCCACACCUUCAACUCCUUGCUGUGUAAUUUUUACCGGGACGAGAAGGACAGCGUGGACUGGCACAGUGAUGAUGAACCGUCCCUGGGGAGCUGCCCCGUCAUCGCUUCCCUCAGUUUUGGUGCCACUCGGACUUUUGAGAUGAGGAAGAAGCCCCUACCUCACCGAGUGCCCAAGGAAUACCACUCCAGAGAACCAAGAGUAAACUUAACCUUUCGGACCGUUUAUCCAGACCCAAGAAGAACCCCCCGGUGACACUUCUGCAGAGAUACCACUGAGGGGAGGCUAUGCACCUAACAGCCCCUCCCCAUCUCCCGCAAGCACUUCCAGAAGCUGUUCCAUGCACUUCCAUGAUGUGCUGUUCGGAAAUCGUGGUGUUUGCUUCUCAGGUUCUACUCCUCCUGAAUGAGAGCUGCCAGCACUUCACCUUGUCAACAUGUCUACUACAGGAACACUUACUUUGAGACAGAUCUCAAAUCAAGGGUUAUCAUUAAGCAAAUUAAAAACUGCUCCGGCUGUGCUCACAGAUGAUUUGUUCCAAAAGCUUUUUGCCUCCUGCCCUGCCCCCUUUAAUUUGAAGAAAUACAAAUGGCCUUGUGCCUCUGGGGAAGAUCUGAACAUGUUUGUUCCUUAUGACGUUAGCAAAAUGGAGAUAUAAAUAUGUGUCAGUGACUCUGGAGCCUUCCACAGGCAGACAGCUGCUGAAACCCAAACAGAGGUGGCUUCUCUGGGCUUUGUUGAAGUCUUCCUUGACUCCUUAACAUCUUGGCUUGUAUGUUAUUGUAAUGGAAAGCUGCGUGUUCAGGACACUGUUUAUUUAGCUAAAUUUCCCAGCUGUCAGUUUUCCUGGGGCACACUUAGGUUACAGACUUCUGAAUACAGAGACAGCAGCAUGCUCCCAUCCACCCCCAUCCACACCCCAGGCAGUCCUACCUGGGGCCCUGCGUAUGGAAAGACAGUGCUGUAUCCUGGAAGCAAGCAAUAACCGAAAAUGUCAGGAGAACCAGGCUGAAAUUUUGGUUGAAGAACAGCAAAUGCCCUGUUAGUAACAGCUGUUCCAAUAGAUGAGUUUCCCCUGGAGAAUUCCUUGAGUCAUUUAAACCCAGGCCAGAUAGAAUCAGAGCAGCCCUGCAGGGAAUAGCUUGGAUGACCUCAUGGCUCUUCUACCUUAGAUUUCAGAAGCCUGUGACUAAGGCUCUUCUGACUCAGUGUUCUCUUUCACUGGGUGCCUGAGUUCAGGGGUUAGCCUGUGAUGUCACCAAGGCUUCCAAAACAGAAUGGGGUAGUUGCCCCUUGUUGCAUCAUAAAAACACAUGACUCGUUGACCUUGACUCAGGAGCAAUGUACUAGAUGAACUCAAACCCAGAGGAAGAGUUCAUGUCAGUGGAUGAAAGCGGGACAUGGGUUAGAGUUUCUCCCUUGUCCUGGAGGGAAAUUUACUGUCUUGGUUUUUAAUCCUGUUUCCAUUCCACUCUGUAAGAUGGAUGGUCCCCAUGACAUGGAACGGUGCCAGAGGCUGGACAAGCUUACUCAAGGCUCAGAUGGAAUGAAUA